UCGGAAGAGAGAAAAAUAGGCGCAAACAAGAAAGCGUGGAGAAAAUAAGGACACAGAAAAUGACAGCCAAUCGGCUGGGUUAUUUGCCGGCAGCUGGCGGCACUCAUCAACAUUCUGACGACGACGCCACAUCAAAGAGCUGAGAAAUCAAACGGCUAAAAUAUUUCCCAAAACCAAAAACAAAACAGCCAAACAAAUAGAGAAAGAAAGACAAACUUGUGAAAUCAAUCGCCCUGCGUGAUUCAUUUGUCUUCCGUUUUAACAAAAUUCAAAUCCAUUGAAGUGAAGAGAAAAAACAGGAUCGGUGGAAUUUGAAUUUUCUUUUCGACAUCCAAUUAGUGUUCAACAAUUGUCUACAAUUAAAAAUCCAAUUCUAAUCUGUGACCCGACAAUAAUUGGGUAAAAAAAAAAUGGAAUUGGAAUCGACCAACGGCACGGAUUUGACCGGAGCCAACGCCACCAACAUUUACUCCAUCGGCGUCGAUUUCAUCACCCGAUGGAAACAGAGGCGGAUCAAGGAGCGCCAAUGCAAGGAAGGCGGAUUGCUGGCCGAGGACCAGAGCGAAUGCAACGAGUUGUUCGGAAUCAACGGCACGUCACAGCAGCCGACGCUCCAUGCCGGAAUCGGCGGCAAGGAUCCGCCGGAAGAUCGCGGAGGAGGAGGAGGGCGGAUAUCCGGCGGCGGCGGACCCGACUGGAGUGAAACCCUUUACGACCUCUACAACAAGAGCAUAUCACAGUUCAACAGCUCCGACGCCAAUAAUAACCUGACGCUUCCCUUCUGCAGCGACAUCAUCAAUUCCACCAACACCAGUCACCUGGACUGGAACGGGACCGAUGGCUCCUGGAUCCUGUCACUGGGAUGUCGCAAUGGCUCGUCGGCACCCGUCGGGCCCGUGUCGGGGGCGGUACCGAUGCCGUUCGAGAUGUGGCAAAGCAUUUGCAUCAUCAUCUGCCUGGGCAUCUGCAUCGUCCUGACAGUUGGCGGCAACAUCCUGGUGUUGUUGGCCUUCAUCGUCGAGAGGACGAUCCGCCAGCCGAGCAACUACUUUAUCGCCUCAUUGGCCGCCACCGACGUCCUCAUCGGCACCGUCUCCAUGCCGUUCUACACCGUUUACGUCAUCAUGGGCUACUGGGACCUGGGUCCCAUCCUUUGCGACUUGUGGCUCUCCGUCGACUACACCGUCUGCCUCGUCUCCCAGUACACGGUCCUCCUCAUCACCAUCGACCGGUUCUGCUCCGUCAAAAUCGCCGCCCAGUACCGGGCGUGGCGCACCAAGAGCAAACUCCUCUGGAUGGUGGCCAUCACGUGGAUCAUUCCGGCCCUGCUCUUCUUCAUCUCCAUCUUCGGAUGGGAGCACUUUAUCGGCUUCAGGGACUUGGGUCCCGGCGAGUGCACCGUCCAAUUCCUAAAGGACCCCGUCUUCAACACGGCCCUGAUUAUCGGCUACUAUUGGAUCACCCUCGUCGUCCUCUUCAUUCUCUACGGCGGCAUCUACAAGACGGCCUACGACAUGCAGAAGAAAUCAGAGGCCAAACACAAGAAGAUGCAGUCCAUGGUGGCCCUGUCGGUCGGCGGAAUGGCCGGAAUGGCGGCCGCUACCACCGGAACAGCCAAACCACCGGCUGCUGGACAAACCGCCGCCAAACCUGUCACCACUUCCGCGUCGACAGUUUCGUCCAACGCUUCAAAGAUCGCUCCGGCAGCCGCCACCACCAUCAACGCGACAACAACAACAUCUGCCGCUGCGGCCAACAACAUGCCGACUCCGGCGGUCAAUAGCAACAACAAUCCGACCAACGCCGUCCUGUCAAAGGUCAACAACGUCGCAUCAGGAUCGGGUAACAAAGGCAAUUCCAAAGAAGCGGUAAAUGGAGCCUCGGCUGGGCCGACAAACAACAACAAGAAUCAACAACAACAACAACAACAGCGGCGGCCGUCUGGAGCCAAAAUAGAGACGACCAGUUUCACGACAAACAAACAACAACAGCCAACAACUAAUAAAGGCGGACAACAACAGGUGACAGAGAUGGAGCGUUCGUCUUCGCCGGCCUUCGACUCCGACGAUGAACAAUCAUCGCAGGUCACGGCCACGGCGGCCGCCAAAAAACCAACUCAAACCCUUCCGGUCAUGGCGGCCGGAACGGCUUCCAUCGCUUCGACUGUGGCCAUUCCGCGACUGGACCCACCCCCGCCAUCCAGUCGCGUCAAAACGCCAACGAGCGAGACUCUUCCGCGCAUUCCGGAAAUGUCUUUAGCGACGGGCAACAAAAUGCCGGGCCGGUCCGGCUCACCGACGGAUCUCAUGUUACCGCCGCCACCUCCGCGAUCCCAAGAAACGGUAGAGAUCGAACUGGAAUGCAACAACGCCGACAUGUUCCCGCCGAUUGAAACUAUUCCGCCGCCCAUCGCCACAAUUAGUCAGCCAACUGGGCAACAGGAUGCCGUCGAAAAUAUGGACACGGCUGAACUUUGCUACUUGGACGAAAGUUCCGUUGUCGUGGCUUCGCCCAGGAUCGAAACGACCCACGGUUCAAGUCUGAUGGCCGUUCACGAGUCGAUGGCCAAUUCGACCGAUUCGCUGGGCUUGCCUUUGGCAUUGCACCAGCCACCGCCAACCAAACCGGCACCAGUCCCCAGCGUCACUUUCGCUCCGACACCCAGCUCCAACGGAGCCAACGACGACAAUUCGUUCGGUUCCAGCAGCGGAACGGGCACCAGCGGAGUCGCACCGUUGAAAACAAAUGGCCGGCCGCCGUCGCAGCAACAGCCAAAACAGCAACAAUCGAUGGACGGGAUCGUCAAGGAUUCGGUGGUGGCGACCACGGAGACGGUGACGUCAACGGCCUCGCCGGCCGACGUCAGCACCACCGCCACGGCUACCAAGACGUCGACGGCCACCAAAGCGGAUUUGGUCCGUUCCAUCGGCAAGCGCAUCAAGGGCCGGCGGAAAAAGGCGGCCGGCGCCGGCGAAGAGCGUCAAAAGUCCAAAUCGGAGAACCGGGCUCGCAAAGCUUUGCGGACCAUCUCCUUCAUUCUGGGGGCCUUCGUGGCCUGCUGGACGCCGUACCACAUCCUGGCGCUGGUCGAGGGCUUCUGUGCCAAGCCGCCGUGCACCAACAGCCACCUCUACAUGUUCUCCUACUUCCUGUGCUACGCCAACAGCCCCAUGAACCCCUUCUGCUACGCCCUGGCCAACCAGCAAUUCAAAAAGACAUUUAUGCGCAUUCUGAGAGGCGAUCUUCACAUGACCUAAAAUUCCAAUCAUUUUUUCGGGCUCCCCCCUCCCCACUCUGUUGUGUUUUUGUCAAUAUCAAACCAAAAUAUUCUAUCCCAAGAACCCCCAAAAUCUAGUCUUUGAACUCAUAACAUUGUUGAAAUUGUGCAAAAUGAUUGACUGAUAUUAUAUUAAAUCCCGAAAAUGUAUUUCCCCGAUCACCGAGAGAGAGAGAGAAAAGGUAUCGACAUGCUUCCAUAAUCGCGGCGCGUUUUUAUUUCGUUUCUAUUUUUUCAAAAUUGAAUACGUACGUACAACUCGGCUAUGUAAUAUAGGAUAGAGCGCUUCAAAUGAUGGGCUAUGCUAUAUACUACAAAUUCAUGAUCAUUUUUCGGUACGCAGAAUGUACUAUAGUGUCAUAGAAAACGUUGUAUCAAAAUCGAUUUAAAAUGGAAAAUUCAAAGUUAAAUUUGGGUACGGUCACCCGACGGCAGAAAAAAAUCAAUAGCCCAUCAAUUGAGAGGGAAACUUUCCACGCAUGUAAAUAUCAUCCAAACUCUAUUGCGUAACUCUGUACAACCCGCAAAUUCUUUUCAAGAAAAAUUCGAACCCUCCCUAACCCCCAAAGUUCUGCAAUGAGCUUUAUUUAUCAAUACGUGUUUGUCUCUACACAGUUUCCUGUAAUCAAUAUCAUAUUAUACGCUGCUAUACCCAGUAAUAACAAUAAUAACAAUACCAUAUUAUAUACCGUUCGUAUUACAGCAUAUAGCCGGAAUGUUGUUUUUGUCUAUGUGAUGGGUGUAUUCAUGUACAUAUUCAUGUCCCAUUGUGCCCCCAUCAUCCCUUGUACACCCUCUCGAUAUGCUCCCACGUGUGAUCAGAUCAUAGUCAACUAGUCGCAUAGUCGUCGUAUGCAUAUAUAAUAUACUCUACUCUAACCAAAGUAGACAUUUCUAUACACCGUAAUACUACAACAUCAUCAUGAUCGUCCCCAUCUCGUCUCGACAUCCCCGGCGCGCAGUUUUUGAUUCCCAAUUCAAUCGGAUUUUUCAAUUCCUUCCAUGUCCGUUUCUGGUGGUACGGGAAUGUGUUCUCUACUAUUAUAUAUUAUUCCCCCAUGCCCUUUUUCCCUUGAAAUAAUGCUUCGGCUGUAUACUUUAAGUAUAUAUAUAAAAAAAGAUAAAAAAAAAAGAAAAAGAUGGAAGGGAGAAAAGUUUUGUAUAAGCCCCUCCCUUUCAAAUUGUGUGUAGAUGGCACUAUAACGUCAUCGUCAUGACAUCAUCAUCAAUCACAGGCCCAACCGAAUGAUGUUCGUUUCGUUGUUUCUAUAUAAUUAUCUUUAUUAAAAGUGUGUGGAAAUGAAUUGCAAAUGAAAGAGAGAAAAAAGAAGAAGAAGAUGACAAAAAAUAAGAAUUUGA